AAGAACAAAAGCAACAGCAUUCAAACAAACUGGAAGACAGUGAGCUGCUGCUUCAUGUUCACAAUUUGAAAGUUUAUUAAAUACUGUUGUCUUUGUUCCAAAGGGCAACACAAUUAACACGAACUACGAAAAAAAUUAGUUUAUGCGAUAAUUUUAAAUUGGUAUGUUUUACUCGUAAAACACGAGCCCCGGACGAAAUGGCAAACAUAGCUGCUCAAAGAAUCAAGAGAGAAUUCAAAGAGGUUAUAAAAAGUGAAGAGGUUGCAAAAUGUGCCAUCAAAGUUGAGCUUGUCAGUGAUAGCUACACAGAGCUCAAGGGUGAAAUUGCUGGCCCACCAGAUACUCCCUAUGAAGGUGGUAAUUUUGUUUUGGAAAUAAAAGUUCCAGAAACAUACCCAUUUAAUCCACCAAAGGUUCGCUUCCUCACUAAAAUAUGGCAUCCCAAUAUUUCAUCAGUCACAGGUGCCAUAUGCUUAGACAUCCUGAAAGACCAGUGGGCUGCUGCUAUGACAUUACGUACAGUUCUACUUUCUCUACAAGCACUAUUAUCUGCUGCCGAGCCAGAUGAUCCUCAAGAUGCAGUAGUUGCUAAACAAUAUAAAGAUGCACCUGAAAUGUUUCGUCUAACAGCACGUCACUGGACUGCUGCCUAUGCUGGAGGGCCAUAUAGCAAUCCUGAGUUUGAUUCCAAAAUAAGACGCCUGACUGACAUGGGAAUAGAAAGUCAUGAUGCAAGAGUUGCUCUUUCUUCAUUUAACUGGGACCUUGAACGUGCUACCGAGCAGUUAUUCAGUUAGUCUUUUUGUGAUGAACUAAAAUCGUACUAGUGAGCACUGAACUCACCAAGUGAAAGGAAUUUGUUGCUCUUCUGAACAGUCAGAAUAGCUGAUGCAUUGUGAUCAUGUUUAGGCAUCUCAUAUUUAUGAAAAUUUCAUGGGUUGUGCUCUGUGAUUAUUAUCUACAGUUCUCAUGUUUACAUGAUUUUUUUUUUAUAUUUCAACAUGUUGUGAAUUUGUUGCCUAUACUUCACUGCAACAACUGAUGAAUUCUUUGUUGGGAUUUUUUUUAAAUGUAUAUUUCUUACCUACUUUGUAAUAUUUAGGACCAACUGAGUGUGCUAGUAUUUUCAAGGUAUGUUUUGUACAUAUUAUCUCCAUAAUUUGUUGGGCCCUGUUUGAUUGAUUUAUUAUGGCUGUCCUCAAAAUUAAUAUUUUGAUGUGCUCCAAUCCAAACCUAUCUCUUAAGAUAAGCUUUCAAACUGUGUCUGGUACUUCACUGGGCACAAAAUAAUGAACUACACUUCAUCUUCUCAAAAUAGUAUACUCAUUGUCACCCAAGUAGACAGUAAGAAGUAUUACUUUAUUUAAAAUUUUAUUUGUCAAUUUUUAAAUCUUGGUUUUUGUUUAAUUUUGAAUGUUUUAAUUUUCCACCUUCUAUUUUACAAAAUUUGCUUUCUUCUGAUUUUCAUUUAACUUAGUGAUUUAUAUUACAUCAGCUGUGCCAUUUCCAUUCUUUGCUGCAUACAAAGUCAGCAAGUUUUCAAACACCCUGACUUUUCUUUCUUCUAUGGAAUUCCUUGCAUUCAAAGCAUUUGCUAUGUUUUGCAUGGCUUUAGCCAGGCUCAGUUCAGUAACAUUAUCUAUAAAAAAUAAAAAUAAGAAUUGUUAACAAAAACUUUUUGCUACAGAAAUUGUGACAGUUUAUCUAUUACACACCCAAAGUGUUCUCUGUCGAACUUGUACUAGAUUUGCCCAGAUCAUUUGCAGUUCGGUGUACUGUUGUCGAAUCCAGGCACUCAUUUUGAGGUGAUGUUGAACUGUCUUUCUUUUCCCCUGAAAUUUCUGCAUUUCCAGUUAAAGCUUCGUCCUUUUAAAGGGUUUUGUGAGGAAAGAAAAAGAAGACAAAAUGGGUCAUAAAUUUUAAAAAGAAGGUUUCUUCAAGCCAGAUUGUACACCUAAUCAGUAUUGGUAAAGAAUUUCAAUUCUUGAAAGUCAGCUUGCUACGUGGUUUAGGGUGUAUAACUUAAAUGGCAGUUCAACUACAUUUCAGUUUGGAAAGAAAGAGCUUGUAUUAGGAUUGCAAGGAUAUUUAAAAAGCAAUUUUGCUGUAAAAUUUGUAAAAAAAAAAAUGUGAUAAAUGUCUUUUAAUGCAAAGUA